CUACUGGGAAAAUAAGACCCCAUUUUCUGGUGUGCUUUCGCAUUCUCCUCCCGGCCGCUCUCGCUCUCUCUCUCUCUCUCUAAGAAAAAACCUAAAACCCCUCGAUAUCGCCAAACUCCUCCAGCGAAAAAAUCCGGUCAAAAGCCUCCAUUUUCCGGCCGCGCAAUUUUCCAUCCCGCAUUUCCGGUCGCGAUUACGCGGUCGGAUCUUGACUCCUUGGGGAGGUUUUCCGUCAUUCUAUCCGGGUUUUCCGCCAGCUGAUAGUGGUUUUCCGUCCGUGGAGAACUGUUUUGGGGGGUUUUGGAGAUGUAUAAGAACCAGCUGCAGGAGCUGGCGCAGAGGAGCUGUUUCAACCUGCCGUCGUACUCGUGUAUAAGGGAAGGGCCUGACCAUGCGCCGAGAUUCAAGGCUGCCGUCAACUUUAACGGCGAGAUCUUUGAAAGCCCUAACUUCUGCACGACGCUGAGGCAGGCCGAGCACUCCGCGGCUGAGGUCGCCCUCAAUUCGCUCGCUAACAGGGGCCCAUCACAUUCUCUCGCGGCCAGGAUUUUGGAUGAGACAGGGGUCUACAAGAAUCUGCUACAGGAAAUUGCACAGAGAGUGGGAGCAGCAUUGCCGGUGUACACCACGUUCCGCUCCGGCCUUGGACACCUACCUGUCUUCACAGGUAAGGUGGAGCUGGCUGGAAUAAUAUUCACCGGAGAACCUGCCAAGAACAAGAAGCAAGCAGAGAAGAAUGCAGCCAUGGCUGCAUGGUCAUCUCUAAAACAAUUGGCACAGCAAACUGCAAGCUCAUCAGCAGAGACUGAGACCAACGACGAGCAGGAGCAGAUCACCAUAGCCCGCGCUCUACUUAAAUACCGUCAGGAGGAGAAGUUGGCGAUGGCGACAGCAAACAAACCAAAUGCACUUCCAUUCCCGAAAAAAUUCCCGACACAAGAUCAAAGGCCAUCAGUCUCACAAACUCCUUCCUCUGCCACUGGAUCAAAAAUCCUUCCAUUAAUCCGCCCAAAAUCUGCUUCAAGGAACAGGCUCGCAUCCCCGACCACGACCAGUGACAGGCACCCAUCAUCACCUAAGCUUCCCGAGAACCGUGGGCCCUGGCAACAAAAGUUCCCCAUGGCAGGAGCAUCACCAUAUGUACCUUUCCAGCACUACCAGGCACCAUAUCAUGGGAUGGCUCCACCUGUGACAAUAAGAACAGCAGUGCCAGUGUACUCUGCCCCGCCACUGCCUCCCCCACCUUGUCGUUCAUCUCAUAUAAUGGCGCAAGCAAUGCAUGCUGCGCCACCAGUUCGUAUUAGACCAGUGGUGCCAGUUUUUGCUGCCCCACCACCAAUGGUCCGGAUACAGCCACCAGUUCAUUCCAGUCCUCCCCUGCCAACAAAGCCAUCAGCUCAGAUAGAAGAGAUUGCAAGCACAACGGCUGUGAAAGACGCGCAAGAAUCAUCUGCAAUAGAGAGCAUGACGCAGCUGAAAAUCUGAUGUUGGAGGAUUUGAAUCCUCCGAGUUGUUUUUCUUUUCUUUUGUUUCCCCAUUCUCCUCAUUUUGGCGUAUCUUCUGCAUCUUCGUUUGUUUUAUUUUAUUAUUAUUUUUUCCUUUUGUGAUAGUUUAUAAACAUCGGUAAGUUAGUUACGGUUGCAAAUGUAGUUUUUUUUGUUCCUGGGAAUCAAAUCAAAGUGCAGAGUUGGAAGGUGCA